AUUAAUUUUGCGGCAGCACCGCUCAUGCCGAGGCUCUAAUCGAGCGCAUCACGCGGUUGCGUAGGCUCAGCAGCGCGUGCGGGACAGCAUCGAUCACCGGCGUCGCGCCUGAAUCGAAAUUGUUGACUGAAACGAGUGCCCAGGAGCUCAAAUCAGGAGGGUCAGUCACAGCGGUUGCGCGCGAAUACGAAUGGCCACCAUCGACCUCACACUCUCGGACGACGAGACGCAGCGCCCGCCGGCGCCGGCGCCGGCCGCGCCGCCGCCGCGGCGCCGGAAACGCGACGUCCUCGACAGCAGCUCCUCGGACGGCGAGGCGCCGGCGCCGGCCCCGGCUGCGCCGAGACGUAAAAAACGCGACGUCCUCGACAGCAGCGACGACGACGAGGCCGCGCCCGCGCCCGCGCCGGACGACGAGGCCGCGGCGACGGCGCGCGCCGCCGCGAACCUGAAGCGCGCCCUCGCCAAGCCCCAGGACCUCACGCUCUCGUCCGACGACGAAGAGCAGCAGCCGAAAAAGAAGCCGAAGACGGCCGAGCCCGCCGAGCCCGAGAACGUCGUGAGCCGCAAGACCGUCGAGGGGGCGAUUACGGCGGCCGCGAAGUGGCGCGGCGCCCACACGCGUAUUUCCGGAGGCGACGACGUCGACGAGGACGAGGACGUCGCGAAGGCCAGGCGGUUGAUGAGAACGACGCAGUCUUAUGAAGAUGUCGAGUUCCCCGCAUCGAUCCGGUCCCUGAAGGGCAACGAGCACGAGCAGCCGCCGCCUCCCUCAGAUCCGUCGCAGCCGCCGUCGUGCUCCUGCGGCCAUCGAGCCGGGAAGUCCACCGUAAAAAAGGAGGAUUCGGAGAACAAAGGACGGCCCUACUGGCAUUGCGCGAAUCGUAGGUGUGGUUUAUUCCAGUGGGCCGACCGCCCGCCGCCGAAGCCGCUGACCUGGGCGCGCAUGGACGCGAGCGUGCCCGUCGUGACGGACGCCGGUUUUUCUGCGGAUGACCUCGCCCAGGGCGGUUUAGGGGACUGCUGGUUCCUCGCGGCGUUGUCCGUGGUGGCCGAGCGCCACGAUUUGAUUGCGCGGUUAUUUGUGGAGACACCUAGGAACUCAAGUGGAGCGUACGCUUUGAGACUGUUCAUGGACGGCCUCUGGACGACUGUGGUCGUAGACGACCGCCUGCCGUGUACCGAGAAACCUCGACGAGAAAAUAUGGUCGCGGACGUCCGAAGAGCACCACUCAUCAACGCGUCCAAGGCGGCGCGCUUAGCUUAUGUACGUUCUAGAUGCGCCCAGACCGAAAGAAUGACGAACGUGCCGACGCCGACGCUCUGGGCCUCGCUCAUCGAAAAGGCCUACGCCAAAGCACAUGGGUCCUACCAAAGUAUCUCGGGAGGCCAAAUCGCCGAAGCGUUGCUGGACCUGACGGGCUGCCCGACGUUCGCCAUGAAUCUGGGCGACCGCGAUUUUGAUUCGGAGAAGCUGUGGCGGAACCUCGUGAAGUGGAAACGACUCAGCUACCCGAUGGGCUGCGCUACCGAUCCGGUACCUGAUUUGAGAGAAGUCGGGUUAUGUGGCAGUCACGCUUAUAGCAUAGUGGAUUGUAGGACCGUGCGGUACCGGGGCAACGACGAGCGGUUACUGCGGAUUAGGAACCCGCACGGCGUGGGGGAAUGGAACGGCGACUGGAGCGACCAGAGCGACAAGUGGAACGAGGUGUUUCGGACGGAGCCGGGCAUGGUCCGUCCAACUAGAGAUAAUGAUGGUACCUUCUGGAUGGAUUAUACGCACUUUCUGAUGGGGUUCUCGCGGGUGGACGUCUGUGCGGCGCCUCCACAGGUGAACGCUCGUUCAUUUGGGAACAGCUUCCCUCCGAAGAAAGCUGCUUGGAGAGUGGGAGCGUGUUUUUAUAGAGUUAGGGGCGAGGGUGAUGUGUUUGUGACGGCCCUGCAACCAACUAAAAGAGGUGCCUGGUGCCGCGCGGACCGCAAGAAAUCCUAUAGACCGGGCGACGUGCAGGUCGUGGCGUACGAUCUGCGGACGAAGAAGGUGCUCGGGGCUUUAUUAAGGGGCGCGGACGUCUACGACCGGGGCGCGUUGGCGGUCAAUCUCCGAGGCAAGGACGUCCUCAUCUAUGUUUAUGCCUUGGGCGCGAACCCGGCGGCGGCGGAGACGCGGGCCGCGCAGCCGUUCCGCGUGAGGUUCGUCUCCGUGGACGGCCCGCUACAAGUCGAGGAGCUCGAUUUUGAGAGUAAGCGCCACGGGGCGAUGGCGUUGGAGGUGUUACAUGGUGCCCUCACACGCCCGAAGGAGCGUACAGACGAUUUACUGUUCGCGGCGGCGCGCGCGCCGUCGCUCAACGUCGUCAAAUCGCAAAACGGCGCGACGUGCGCGACGACGCAGGGCGAGGGCCUGGUCGUCGUCACGAUCGUCAACGAAAGCGACCAGUACAAGACGGCCGCCGUCGUCUGCUACUGCAAAAGCGCCCAGGCGCGGUCCGUCGACGGCGUGCUCGAGAACGUGAAGGAUCGGGCCGACGCGUACUACGAGCGGUUGAAGGCCUUGACGCCGAAGCCCGACCCGCGGGCGCCGCCGCAGCGGGGCCCGCGCUUCCCGGCGAAGUGGAAGGCCUUUGUCGCGACGGCGGACCUGCCGCCCCGCAGUCGGCGCGUCGCGCUGGCCGUCGUGCGGUCCGGGAGCCAGUACGAGCUCGGGGACAUCGAUUGUGCUUUUUAUGAUGCGGCGCCGCCCACAAAAAAGGGCCAGCAGCGCAUCGACGCCUUCGUGGGCGCGUCGAAGUCGCGCACGGCGCUGGAUGCGGACGGCCUCUUCGCGGCGGUGGCGCUGCCCGAGGGCUACACCGGGGCCGUGCCCGCCGCCGACGAUGAUUUGGAGGAGGCGCUGCGGCGGUCUCAGCGUGAUAAUGUGGAGCACGACGACCUCGAGGACCUCGCCGAGGCCAUUCGGCGGUCGCGCGACCGCGACGACGACCUCGCGGAAGCGCUGCGCCGGUCGCGCGAGGACGCGGCGCCCCGGGAUCCGGACGCCGAGCUCGCCGAGGCGCUGCGGCGGUCGCGCGAGGACGCGGCGCCGCCCCGUCGGGACGUGGUCAAGACGGACCGCGACCACCCGAUCGUCCUCGACGACAGCCAGGAGGAGGUCGGGCCGAUCGUGUUGGACGAGUCCCAGGAGGACGCCGCGCCGGCGCGGCCGUCGGCGGAGGAGGUCCGCGCGGCGCGGCUGGCGCGGCUGGGGUAA